AUGUAUAGCCGCGAGAACAAGAUCAUGCGAAAACUCCUCGGCAAAGUCACUGCCGACAGCAGCACCGACACCCACCACUCCAUUGGCAUCACCAGUGCGCCACACUUCCAGACUUCGUACCGACCGAGUGUUUCGCAGAAUGCAGUCUUCCCUGCUGGCGUUCCCAUCCUAUGCCUCGAUACCGCCCCUGAUCACCGCGCCGCAGUCAUAGCUGGAAGACAUAUUCUCAAGACCAUCGUUUUCGACGGGCUGUCCAUAAGCGAGGGCAUCGACGUCCGCAACGCCAUCACAGCCCAAUCCGCCUCUAGCAAAAUUGCUUCGACCUCUUUGACAGCAGACCAGCUCUCCAUACGAGACGUCAAGUGGCACAGUGACUCCACCAUCUUCACAGCUUGCGCAAAUGGCAAGAUAUUCUCCUACGACCUGGCAAGGAUUUCGACAGGAGGCGCCGCACUCGAGUUCGUCCAGACCAGAGAGGACUCGCGACAGGUCAACAGUCUCGAUAUCAAUCCCCACAGACAGACGACCCUGCUCUCGGGCAGUCAGGAUGGCAUGGUGCGAUACUUUGACAUUCGCGCCCCAGUGCAGAGUCGGUCGGGCGGCCUCACCUACAGCCCGCGCGGGGCCUACAAGUGCAACGCCGACGGUGUUCGGCAAGUCAAGUGGUCACCCAAGGACGGAUUCUACUUUGCCUGCGGGACUGAGUCGGGCGUUGUACUGAAAUGGGACGUACGAAAGAUUGCUCAGCCGCUGCUCAAGAUACCCGCCCACGACAAGGCUUGUACCUCGAUCUCAUGGCAUCCUGAUGGCAACCACCUGAUUAGUGGCGGUUGGGAUAGCAAAUGCGCAGUCUGGGACAUGUCCAAGAAUGCCGACAAGCGGCAGAAGCCUCGAUGGCUCGUGUACACUCCGGCGCCGGUAGCUGCUGUUGCUUGGCGACCUGGGCUCUGGUCAGCAAGCGCGCAGGGGAAGCGCGCCGCCCAGGUUGCCGUCUCCUAUGAUGACAGUCACAAACGAUACGGAAUCAACAGUGUGCAUAUCUGGGACCUAGCCCGGCCGUCCAUGCCGUACAAAGAGAUCGACCGAUUUGACUCCUCUCCGUCGGGCUUGCUCUGGCAGAACCAAGAUCUUCUCUGGACAGUCGGCAACGACGGCUUCUUCAACCAAUGUGAUGUCGCAUUCGCUCCGAAGGUACUUGACAGGCAGCCAGUCUCGAGCAUGGCCUUCUCUGCUCGAGGUGACGCCGUCAUGUUUCUUGACGAGCGACCGCAGGAUCGACCGCGGCCCUCCAUCGUCCAUCAUCAUCAAGCGAGCGUCGUGCCGCCACGAACAUCCUACAGUUCCAGCCCAACGACGCCGAUGCUCAGUAUCAGCCGCAGCGAUUCUGAAGAAGACGUUGUCGGUAGCUUCUUGGGGCCACGUCGUAGAGUUGGCCGGAAAAGGAGGUCCAGUUUGCGUUCUAUUCCUGUUCUAAGCACCACACCGCCUUCUGGAUCAAGCGUCAGUGAUGAUCUCGUUUUGGGCCUCGAACAGGCUAUCAAGGUAACUGGUACCUACAAAACCCAGCAGUCCAUGGCAGUCGGCCACAUCCCCGCGGCGGCACGAGUCGACAUAUACGAAUACCUGUCCAGCUGCUAUCUCGAGACCAUGGAGCGUGAGCUGCCGUACGUCACUGGUCGGCAGCCUCUCGCCAAAAGAGUUUGUGGCAUUAUGGAGCAAUAUGCACGUGCUGCAGAACAUGUCAACCAGUUUCGCCUGGCCCAGACAUGGCGGAUCCUGUCGUAUUCGAUGAACCUGCUGCUGACCCGUCGGGCUCAGUUCCACCUUGAAACUCGCUUGGGGCGGUUCCAGAAGCGGCCGUCCAUUUCCAAAGGAAAAGAUAUCCCGAAAAUCAAGGUGCCAAGAGCCUUGGACGUUGUCGUGGAGAUGAAUGGUGAGGAAACUCCUAGGAGACCGUCGGCCCUCGCUUCUAGCAGCGUUGACGCCAAUUCUUUGGGGCCUCGCUCUCUGCUUUCAGAAGAAAUCGAAAGUACUUCAAAUGUUGCGACACCUGUUGCGAGAGCUAUCAACGAGGAAAACGCCGAUAUGGGCGAUUUCCCACCAGAUACACAUUUGCCCCCAGUCAUGGAACCAGACAGUUUUGCUUUGCCCCCCGCUGUUCACAGUACGUUCAAUAACAGUCCACGGAGACGACUGGACUCAGUUCCUUUGUCUACCACAAGCCAUGAAAGCGACGGGACACAGACUUCUAUCACAGAGGGAUACGACUUUUAUGAUACUGACGCCCUAUCUCAAGCUAUAGAUGUGCCCGAGCCAAAGAAAAAGGAGCAGAAGCCCCUGGACUACGGCCCCCGCACCCCGAAUAGCCGACGCACGUUGAGACAAGAUCCUGAUGGGAGCUUUGCACAGAUGUUCUCCAUGUCGGAGAGCAGUCGACAGUCAUCUGGUUUAGCAUCGUCCUCUGAAGCAGGGACAUCGGCAUCCACGCGAUCAAUCACGAGUCACCCUGUGCAGCUCAAAGAGCAAAGCGGAGUAAGAGACCAGGGAGAAUACGAGAGCCGCAUCCGUGGCAAGGAACUCGAAGACUCGCCCGAGCACGGUGCCCUGACAGUACUUCAUGGACCAGGAGAAAGCGUACCAAAGGAUUCCCCGGAAGAGAUCUUUAUGAUUUCCCAGACAACCAUGGCAUCCGAUACAGUUACCGAUGAGCCAUCGACACACUCACAACUAGGGUCUUUCCCUACGACUUUUGAGGAUCAUGCCCCUCUCCACGUCGGUGUCUCAGCUUCGAGCCCGCCAAAGAUUACCCAGGCCAUUCAACAUGAUUCUACACCAACCAUACUCGAAUCCGACUAUCUCCCCUGGCCGGAAGAUCCCUCAUACCCGCACCCUGUUGCAAUCAACCCGGAUGCAGACCAUUCUCCACCGCUGAACCCUUACACCCUUCUGAGCAGAGCUUUAGAUUUCGAGACCCGGACGUCAGCACUCAACGCCUCUGCCAUGGUCCUCCUUUUGAAGCCCCUCGUACCCGAAUGCGUCAUUGAUCCUUUCCGCGCUACAUCCAUCCUCCGUCAACACCACUCGCGCCUCACUGGUAUGAAGCUUUUUACCGCAGCUGCCCUCCUCCGCAAACUCUGUGUCCAGGGGUGGCCGGAGGGCAUUCCCGAGUGGGGCGAGAACUACACCUCCAUCUUCGGCCCGGCUCAGCAGAGCGUCAAGGGAGGCUUCAUGUGCCCGAACUGUCGAAAACCAAGAGAACUCGACCCAUCCCUCGGCCAGAAGGCCCUGUGGAAAUGCGAGCGGUGCCGCACGACAAUGGGCCCCUGCGCCGUCUGCGGCCAUCGCGAGACCACGCCCACAAUGUUGUCCCUUACCGAAGGCGUCGACGGCGCCCAGCCCGCGGACCCGGUCAUGAGUUCAUGGUGGUAUUGCCCCGGUUGUGCCCACGGCGGCCACGCCACGUGCUUGCAAGACUGGCACGCCCCUUCAGACGACGGCACCUACAAGCUGAGCGACGGAUGCUGUCCGCUCGACGGCUGCGGUCAUGCCUGCCUCCCCGGGAAGUGGCGCGAGGAGAAGUCGAUGACGCGGUCGGACGAGCUGGGUCGCAUGGCUGUUGAGAAAGCUCGCGCCGGCGGCAACGGGGGCGCAGGCGGUGGUGGUGGCGGCGGUGGCAAGUCGGGCGCACAUAGCCCCGUGAUGCCGCCCAACGUCCGCGGCGACAGCGUCGAGGUGCCGCAGAGCAGGGCCGUCGAGAGCGUCCGCGAAGCGCUGGCGAGCAACACGCCGACGUCGGGGAUCCUCAGCUCCAGCCCGGGAAGCCGGUCUGGCGAGCGGGAGAGGAGGAAGAGCGUCAAGUUUAUGCCGACGGAGCGCUAG